GCGGUGCGAAGUGUAAAAGAUCCAGUGUACCUUGGAGGAAACAUAGAGGGGAGGUGCCAGAAGGGUAAAGCGUUUGUUUGGAGACCUUGCUGGAUACACAAGGCGCAAGCACCGAUGGAGUGAAAGGACCAUUAGCUGUAGUCCUGGGGAAAUACGCAGAAGCAGUAUUCCAUGUCUCUCCUUUGCCCUGUUAUUGAUGGGAAACCAACUGGACCGGAUCACCCACCUGAACUACAGCGAGCUACCCACCGGGGAUCCAUCUGGAAUCGAGAAGGACGAGUUGCGUGUUGGCGUGGCGUAUUUCUUUUCCGAUGAGGAGGAAGAAUUGGACGAUAGAUCCCAGUCGGAUAGCUUUAAAGACAACAACAGUCCGAGCAAAGACGGUCCGGUUGCGCUCAAUGAAAUCGAGUACUCGGCGUUCUGCUGUCAGGAAUGUAUAUACUCCAAACUGCGAGAAAACGAGGACCUGAAUGUUUAUUCGGUGAAAACUUUGUUAACCAUGUGCAAACCCGGAGACCUACUGGAGUUAGUGGCCAACGCGCAACCACCGCACUGGGCGAUAUUUGAUGGGGAGGACCAGGUUAUACACCUAUACAAAGGGGAGAUCCGCAAAGACAGCUUGUUUGAGAUCAGCUGUGGUCGGCAGGGCAGGAUAGUAAACAAUCGCUACCGGUACCGGCCGCUGCCCGCCGAUUUGGUGAUGCAGAACGCGAGCGGGCACCUGGGUCUCAGCAGCGGCGAGAUUUCCUGGACGAACUCGGAAAGUUUCGCCGCCUGGUGCCGUUUUGGCAAACGGGAGUUUAAAGCGGGCGGGGAGGUGCACUCGGUCGACCAGCGGUACUUUUUGAAGGUGCACCUGUCCGAGAGCACCGCGCACACGCUCAUGUUCCGGAGCUUGGAGGAGAUGAUACGGGAAAGACGGCGCGUGGACGCCAGUGGGAUUCUGUCGCUGGUAAACGGGAAGGAAUGAUCGGGACUCUGCAUGCCUUAUACAUGGGCAGCAUACCUUUAUUGCAAGACUUUCGGAGGGCUGUGCGCAUUCGCGUGGUACAUUUUGGCAAAGACAACGCCCCGUCUGGUUAUGGUGUGCGCGCCGACGGCCAGCCCUAAAGUCAUUUACCUUUAAAAAGGAAAAAGCUAAAAAUAUAAAUAAGGUGAGCCCUCAUCACAUGAACGAAUGCCGUCCCGUAAAUUCGCACCCGAGCCCUAAAGACCCUGGUGCGCGCUGCAGCAGAUGGUGCGUAAGGAGCCAGGAUGCAUUAAAAUGUAUUUUACUGAACUCCGGAGCUUUAAUAAUAAACGCGUUAUUGCGCAUCUGUCCAGCUGCAUUAGUUGCAUCCAGACACUCUCUCCAAACCUCUCCAGGCGGCAACACACGACGAGCCUUUGUUUUCAUUCUGUUACAAACAAACAUUCUUUUGUUUUCGGAGUCCAUAUUUUUGUAUUUCAGUUAGUACGUUGAGAAAACUGUUUUUAUUUAAAUAAACGUAGAUUGCCCUAUGAAAA